AUGGGGAUGUUGCUUUCACUUUCCCAAGCAUUCCGGAUCCAAAGACAUCAACCGAGACAUCGUUUGUUCUAUUCUUUCAGGUCUGUGAUAUACUUCGAUGCAUCUUCCAUAGCUUUUGUACUGAGAAAUAUUCUUUUGGCAGCGCAGAACAAGCAUAAUCGACAAGUUUUAUUCCCAUUCCUUACCGCUGGUAUUGGGAUGGUUUUCGCUGGAUUGGUGCUCGAUACUGUACAGCACUGGAAUCUUUUUGUUCAAGUUCCAGAGACGUUUAUUUUGGUGCCUGCAUUGCUUGGUUUGAAAGGAAAUUUGGAAAUGACAUUUGCUUCUCGAUUGUCCACCCUGGCUAAUAUGGGACGAAUGGAUUCAUCUGGGAGUCGUUGGACCAUUAUAAUUGCGAAUUUAGCCCUGAUUCAAGUGCAGGCUAUAAUUGUAGCAUUUUUAGCUUCAAGUUUUGCCGUUAUGCUUGCAUGGAUACCAAAGGGACAGGUACUACUGUUCAGCCGUCACGAAGGAAUUCUUUGCGCAUUAAAAGUGGCUGAUUUGAGGCGGAUAAAGCAUACUAUAUAUGAUAGAAAUUAUGUUUGA